UCCAAGUCUUCUACAUUGCUGUGGCCUAAGGCUCAAGUUUUCUUGUAGAGCGAGAGAAAAACAAAUUACUGUCAGAUUUGUAGAUUUUGAGAGAAAAAUAAUAGUGGUAGUAGAGCAGAUAUGGCGAGGGAUGGGUGUCUGGCACGGGUGACCGCGGGCUUCGCCGUCGGCGGUGCUGUUGGCGGUGCAGUUGGUGCUGUUUAUGGAACUUACGAGGCUGUAAGAUUCAAGGUCCCAGGUAUCCUGAAAAUACGAUAUAUUGGACAGACGACGUUAGGGAGUGCUGCUGUUUUUGGUCUUUUCCUUGGAGCCGGAAGCUUAAUACACUGUGGGAAAUCUUAUUAGGCUUCUCAUUCCAGUUUGCCAUGAAGUCUUAUUGACCUGAAUUCCAUGUCAAUAUAUGUAAUUCCUAUUAGAUUUUCUUGGCAUUUUCUGCUUUUGUAUAUCAAAGAUAAUUGAAUGGUACAUCAUGAAAUUUAAUCGCUAUGUGGGCACUGAUCAGAUUGGUGGUGAUCAUUAGAACUUAUGUUCAAUGACUUUU